UGCAGGCGUUCUGUUCCGGCCCCGCCCCCGGGGGCAAAGGCCUUCCAGGUCACCUGGGAACCUGGGUCCAGAGGAACAGAUCUGACCUGAAGAGCAGGACGUGGCUCCUGGCACCGGGUCUGAGGGUCUUGGAGGCAGAGAGGGCGAAAGGUAGAGAUGGCCUCGUCGAGCCCUGACGCCCCCUGUUCCUGCGACUGCUUUGUCGCCGUGCCCCCGGCCUCCGCCGUCCCAGCCGUGAUCUUUGCGAAGAACUCGGACCGUCCCCGGGAUGAGGUGCAGGAGGUGGUGUUUAUACCGGCUGGCACCCACACCCCUGGGAGCCGGCUCCAGUGUACCUACAUCGAGGUGGAACAAGUGCGGAAGACACACGCUGUGAUUCUGAGCCGCCCUUCUUGGCUGUGGGGGGCUGAGAUGGGCGCCAACGAGCAUGGCGUCUGUAUUGGCAACGAAGCUGUGUGGACCAAGGAGCCUGUUGGGGAGGGGGAAGCCCUGCUGGGUAUGGAUCUACUCAGGCUGGCUUUGGAACGGAGCGGUACUGCCCAGGAGGCUGUGCAUGUGAUUGCAGGCUUGCUGGAACGCUAUGGGCAGGGGGGCAGCUGCCGGGAAGAUCCUGUGCCAUUCUGCUACCAUAACACCUUCCUGCUGGCUGACCGGACAGAGGCGUGGGUGCUGGAGACGGCUGGGAGGCUGUGGGCUGCCCAGCGGAUCCAGGGGGGUGCCCGGAACAUUUCCAACCAGCUGAGCAUUGGCAUAGACAUCUCAGCGGAACACCCAGAGCUCCGCAGCCAUGCCAAGGCCCAGGGUUGGUGGACUGGGCAGGGCGCCUUUGAUUUUGCGGAGGUCUUCUCCCUGACCCAGCAGCCCGUGCGCAUGGAAGCUGCCAAGGCCCGUUUCCGGGCCGGCUGUGAGCUGCUGCAGCAGCGACAAGGUAGCAUCACGGCAGAGGUGAUGAUGGGUGUCCUCAGGGACAAGGAGAGCGGCAUCUGCAUGGACUCUGGAGGCUUCCGCACCACAGCCAGUAUGGUGUCGGUCCUGCCCCAGGAUCCCACAAAGCCCUGUGUCCACUUCCUCACCGCCACCCCAGACCCCUCCAGGUCAGUGUUCAAGCCUUUCAUCUUUGGAGUCGGGGUGUCCCAGGCCCCCCAGGUGCUGUCCCCCACUUUUGGAGCCCAGGACCCCGUUCGGAUCCUGCCCAGAUUCCAGAGCCAGGUGGACCGUCGACACUUGCUCUACCGUGGGCACCAGGCAGCCCUGCGGCUGAUGGAGGAUGAGCAGGAGCAGGGACAACAGCUCCGGCGCAAGCAGCAGGACCUGGAGCGGGAAGGCCUGGAGGCUCUCGGAAGACUGCUUACUGGAAAGCAGGCCCCACCUCUGCAGGGGCUGGGCAGCCUCUUCCAGGCCUUUGUGGAGAAGGAGUGCGAGGUCUAUGCGUAAGCAUGCAGUACCUCUUGGCCCACGGAUGCUUGAUCUGGGACAGACUGCUGUGAGCUGGGGAAGGCAGAGGAUCACCGCCAUCCCUUCACGCCCUUAUCCAGGCUCAGAGUGGCUGGUACAGCCUUUGGCUUAAUAAAUGUGUUUUAUUUCCUUA